UGUGGGGCUAUAUGGGGUUAUAUGGGGCUGGGGGUUUCUACAGGGCUGUGUGGGGCUAUAUGGGGUUAUAUGGGGCUGGGGGUUCGUGUGGGGCUGUGUGCGUGGGGAGCAGUCUGGGGCUGGAGUGUAUUUGUGGGGCAGUGUGGGGCUUUGCGCUCCAGGAGCGGUAUAGGGCCUGAGCGUGUGUACGGGGCAGCGUGGGGCUGUACGCGUGGGGCUGUACGCGUGGAGCAGCACGCGGCCGUACAGGGGUGCAGGCACCAAGGCACGGGGUCGGGCAGGGGCUGCGUAGGGCAGAGGCCGUACAGAGGCAGAGCGAGCACACAGGGGCCCCACAGCGCACACAGGGAGCUCUGUAGGGUCAGGCCCCAACUCUCCCCUUCUCCUUUCCAGCCGCCCCGGGGCGAGAGCAGGCGGCCGAGCACUCGGGGCAGCGACGGGGCGGAGAGGAGGGGGCCCUACCUGCUCUGCAGGCCCCCCGCCGGCCACGCCAAGCUGCAGCGGCCGCGGGAGCCGGCAAAGGCGGCGCCGCGAUGGCACGGGCUGCUGGGGGGGCCCCCGGCGAAGGCAGCGGCUAAAAGGUCCGCGAGGUCCCGCGGGGGCUACGUGGCGCUCAGCCAGGUGGCAGAGGACAGCCUGGCGUCCCCCAGCUCGGGCAGCGAUGGGGAGCUGGAAUCGAGGGGCUCCUCCGGCUACUCCUCCGCCGAGGCAAGUCCAGCAGGUGAACCAGGAGCUGAGCCGGCAGCUGCUGCAGGACGGCUACCGCCUGGACGAGGUCCCUGACGACGAGGACCUGGACCUCAUCCCCCCGAAACCCGCCGCCGCCCCGUGCCCGUGGUGCUUCGGGGACUCCCUCUGCUGCGUGCUCCAGUAGGCACCGCCCCCGCGGGGGGCGCGGGACAGCUCCGGAGCCUCCGCUCCCCACGGCCCUCGGGGCGUUUGGUGGCGCCCCAGGGACUGCACUGCACCCCGAAGUCUCCGUGUCACACGGGGCAGCAGCAGGCGCGUGGCUCAGUGCCACUCGUCACCCGGCUGGGGUGGGACGGGAGGAGAUGGGGGCUCCUGGGGUGCACGGGGAGCUCCCGGUGCUCCUGCUCCCUGCUGCGAGCCCCCGCUGCUGUUCAGGAAGGGACCGACGGCCUCCACAUUAUGAUUUCUUCCCCCCCGGGGCCAUUCCGGUCUCAUAAGCUGCCUUAAAUCGGGGUCCUGCUGCCCGACAAGGGACAGCCGGCGUCUUAGGGAGGAACCUUAUUUAAACACUCGGCGUCCGGAGAGGAGCGCUCUCCUUUUUUUGUAUCCUAUCCGAGGAAGCACUCAAUAAAAGGAUCUUGCUACUC